GCUGUCCUGUCUGACACUGACAGCGCCAUCCACCUCACAGGCACGGAGCGAACGACGGACGUUUCGGACAGCGACGCCACGGGAUUCAGCCUGCGGGGCCUCUCCUCCAGCCUUCGCACCCCGUCCCCGCUCCGGCGCUCCUCCCCCCGGCGCAGCUCCUCGCCCCGGCGCAGCCUCUCGCCAGCUUUCUCCGACUCCACGCUGGCCGUGGUGCACUCCGCCUUGCAGAAGAGGCAGCUGCAGGUGCAGGACAUCCGCGGCAAGUACGAAGCCAUGCAGGAGCUGGUGGGGUCCCUGAAGAAGCAGCUUGCGGAGAGAGAUCAGGAGCGCCGCUCUCUGGAGCAGAAGAUCCUGCAGCUGAAGGACGACGUCGACUGCUCCUUGCGGGCCAAGGAUGAUGCCGUGCGGGAUGCCAGCCGCUUCCGCUCCUCAGCUGACCUGCUGGGCAGCGAGAAGAGCAACCUGGAGCGAAGCCUGCAGGCCCUGCAGCAGCACGUGGAGGCCCUGCGGCAGGAGAGCGAGAGGCUGCAGCUGGCCAACAGCGACCUGCAGCGGCAGCGAGAGCACCUGGAGGACGAGAAGGAGGACAUCGCGAAGGACAAGGAGCGGGCGCAGAAGGAGAUUGAACGCGGGUUGGUGUGGGGAGAGUGGCCAACUUGGGGGGUGCAGGGCAGGCGUGGAGCAAAGACCAAGCUAGAGACAGAGGCUUUUCAGUAG